AUGAAAACUAAAGAGGUAUGGAGAUACACAAUAGAUAAGCCAACAGAAGGGAAUUAGAAUCUAACAAAUCAAGUAUUUGCUUGUGCUUUUUUAAAAGGUAAAGAUUCUGAGUGAAUUGAAUAGACGGAGAUGUUGUAGUGGCGGCAGUGGGGAAUGCUUUACUUUUAUUUGAUACAUAAAAAUCAGAGAUGUUAAGACAACCAUUAAGAGGAUAACAUAAAGAUACAAUAACAUGUUUGGCGGCAUCUAAGGAUGGAAAUAAAAUGGUAUCAGGAAGUGCGGAUAAAACAGUUAUUGUUUGGGGAUUCAAUAUGGGAAGAGGUGAAAAAAUGUUAGAUGCAGAGAAAUAUUUUUCACAUAGUGAUGGAAUAUAAUGUGUUGCAAUAAGUCCAUUAAUGUAUCAGAUAUUCACAGGUUCAAAUUAAGAAUAUUCAUUAUGGAUUCCUGGAAUGAAUAAUAUUGAGAGAUAAAAGUAUAAGGAGAAAAUCAUAUGUGCAGCAUGGAGUGCAGAUGGUUAGUAUGUAUCAUUUGGAACAAUGAAUGGUAUGAAUGAAUAAUUUUGAGAUUAGGACUGGUUGUGAUUACAGAUAGAUAGGCAAAUUAAUUAAAGGAGAUUUAAACAUAGAAGGGUGGACCAGUAUGGUGUAUGGAAUGGACUCCAAUAACAUCAGAAUAUUAGUAAUCCUAAUUAACAGUUGGAGUCUGGACGAAUUCAUUAUAUUAAUUUGACUUUAAUGGAUAAUAAAUAGGAUAGAGAAUUGAAUUACCUUUUGAUCCUUUAUAAUUAAAUUACUAAUAUAAUGGANUAAAUCAAGUUAUAAUAUUUUCACAAAAUAACAAAAAAUCAAAAUUUAAUGACAUAAAAAUCUGA